UCUCAUGCGAACCCUAGGAUUCUCGUUGGCUUUGCUUCUCCCAAUUUUCGCUGCAAAAUUUUAUCGGGAAACGAAUUCCAAAUACCAGAGGGAAAUUCGGUGGAUCGUACGCAAAAUUUAAACAUGACAGAUUACGACGGGAGAUACGAAGGUAAUGGAGAAGACACGGACAAUUAUGGCGAUGGUUUUUCUCCCCAAGUUCGUGGCGGCAGCCAUGGUGGCCACGAUACUCACAGUGAUUCAAAAUCUCAGCAUGGUUCUCGAGAUUAUGAAAGAGAGUCUUCAAAAAGUCGGGAUAAAGAAAGAGAAAAGGGGCGUGAUAGGGAGAAGGACAGGGAGAGAGAUCGGGGUCGAGGUAGAGAAAGGGAUAGGGAGAAAAGUAAGGAUGGGGAAAGGGACCGGGAGAAGGAUAGGGAUAGGGAUCGUGAGAAGGACCGUGAUAGGGAUCGUGACCGUCAUCACAGAGACCGUCACAGGGAUCGAGGUGAGAGAAGGGAGGGAGGCAGAAGUAGAGAUGAUGAUGAUUACUACAGGAGUAGGGACUUUGAUAGGCGGAGAGAUUAUGAUAAAGACCGAGAAGACAGACAUAGACGUAGAUCUCGUUCUCGCUCAAAGGGAAUAUCUGAGCAUAGGUCAAGGUCACCUUCUCCAUCACGGUCAAGAUCACGAUCCAAAAGCAAAAGAAUUAGUGGUUUUGACAUGGCUCCUCCCACUACUGCAAUAUUGCCUGGUGCAACUGCUGCUGCAGCAGGCCAGAUGCCUGGGGCAACUCCAGCUAUUCCUGGAAUGUUUCCUACGAUGUUUCCAUUGGCAACGGGUCAGCCCUUUGGAGCACUUCCUGUUAUGCCAGUUCAGGCAAUGACCCAACAGGCUACCAGGCAUGCCCGGCGUGUUUAUGUGGGAGGGCUACCCCCAACAGCCAAUGAACAGUCUGUUGCAACAUUUUUCAGUCAGGUUAUGGCUGCAAUAGGAGGAAACACUGCUGGUCCUGGAGAUGCGGUUGUCAAUGUUUACAUAAAUCAUGAGAAAAAGUUUGCAUUUGUGGAGAUGAGAUCUGUUGAGGAAGCCAGCAAUGCAAUGGCCUUGGAUGGGAUCAUCUUUGAGGGAGCGCCUGUUAAGGUGCGAAGACCUAGUGAUUACAAUCCUUCACUUGCGGCAACACUUGGUCCCAGCCAGCCGAAUCCAAAUCUGAACCUAGCUGCUGUUGGUCUAACACCAGGUUCUGCUGGUGGUCUUGAGGGGCCAGACCGCAUUUUUGUGGGUGGACUUCCUUAUUACUUCACAGAAGCUCAGGUCAGAGAGUUGCUGGAGUCUUUUGGGCCCCUACGAGGUUUUGAUCUGGUGAAAGAUAGAGAGACUGGAAAUUCUAAAGGCUACGCAUUUUGUGUUUACCAAGAUCUUUCAGUCACAGACAUAGCCUGUGCAGCCCUCAAUGGUAUUAAAAUGGGUGACAAGACACUCACGGUUCGGCGUGCGAAUCAGGGAGCUAACCAACCGAAACCAGAACAAGAAAGUGUCCUUUUGCAUGCACAGCAGCAAAUUGCACUGCAGCUUAUCCUUGAUCCUUCAAGAUUGGAAAGCUUUGAUUCACUAGCUUUUCGUCGGGAGGGGGCUUUCUCAUCCCCCGGCCCUGAGAAGCUGAUGCUACAGCCAGGGGCUGUAUCCACCAAGGUUCUUUGUCUUACACAAGUUGUUUCUCCCGAAGAGCUUAUUAAUGACGAAGACUAUGAAGAUAUCAUGGAAGACAUGCGAGGGGAAGGCGGGAAAUUUGGUACACUAGUGAAUGUCGUCAUCCCACGUCCGAGACCCAACGAUAUGGCACCUGGAGUUGGAAAGGUGUUUUUGGAGUAUGCGGACAUCGAUAGUGCAACGAAAGCUCGAGCUGGUCUGAAUGGAAGAAAAUUUGGAGGGAACCAAGUGGUGGCUGUAUUCUAUCCAGAGAACAAGUUUGCCCAAGGGGAGUAUGAUGCCUAAACUGUCUCACUACUUUUACAAACACAAUAAUUGGACAAAUUUGUCAUUAGCAAAAAAAAAAGAAAAAAAAAAAAAGAAACCAAACUAUUUACUUUAAUCUAAGUGGUAAGAUUGUGUGCUAGUAUGUAAUCCUUUUCUUAGCCAAGUAAUCCAAGUGAGAUGUAGAUUUAGAUUCUAAGAUUUUAAUUCACUCUCUUAUCUCUUAAGUAAUGGAUAUAGCUUCAACACUCUUCUUACUCUUCUAAUUUGUUGGAUCUUUGGCACUAUUAUUCAAUUGGGUUUGAUCUUUA